GCCUGAGCAGUGUGGCAGGCAGUGACCCCAACCCCUCCAAUAAAGCCGAAAGAGAAGGAGAGAGUGCACAAACACUACUAAACCACCACCCCCCUCCCCUCGAUACCGACAAAAUUUUCACUCUCUCUGUAAUUUCUCCCAAAACCAUGUCCCUUUCUCCAAACCCUCUUCUUCUUCAUUAGUCUUUGGCGCAUUUUAGCACACUCCCACAGAAUCACCAUAACCACUCAACACCACCUCACAAACUCACCAACCAACCCCCUCCUCCUCCUCCUCCUCCUCAAACCCAAACAUAGACAAACAAUAUAUAUUUUAUAUAAUUGUUUUGUGAUCUUUGGUUUUUGAUUUUUGAGCUCAAAUGGAGAAGGUUAUAGCCGACUACGAGCUCAAAGUGUGUGGAAUAGUUUAGGUUGUUGUUGUCAAGCGUCUUUCUCUUUUUCUCUCUCUCUCUCUCUUUUUUCUCUUUCUCUAUCUAGAAUGGGUUGCCGGAAGCUGAUGAUCUCGGGGAAUUUGGAUCCGGAGAGGAAGAGGAGUGGGGGUUUGAGGACCAAACAGGCGGGGCGAGGGUCGUGCCGUGGGAGCUAGGCCAGACCGGAAUAUUUUCCGGCGCAACUGAUCGAUCGACGUUUCUCUCUCUCUAUAUUUCUAUAUCUAUCUGUUCGUGCAUGGUCGUGUAGUCUUCAUUUUGUACUUCAUUCACUGUUUGAUUCAAGUUUCUUCACGACUCGGAGCUAUGGGCUAUCUGCUGAAAGAAGCUUUAAAGACUGUCUGUGGCGUCAAUCAGUGGUCUUAUGCCGUCUUUUGGAAGACUGGUUGCCAAAACCCUAAGCUUUUAAUUUGGGAAGAAUGCUAUUAUGAACCCAUACAAUAUCCUGCACUUUCACAUAUUUCUGGAAUUGAGAGCCCAGAUCUAGCGUUUGAAGAUUGGGAAUCAUGCUGGGUUCCUGCUGAAGCUCGGUCUUCUCAUCUUGGGGUCCAAGCACAGGAAAAAGUCCAUUCGCUUAUGAACAAGAUGAUGAUCGAUAACCAUAUUAAUGUUGUUGGUGAAGGUCUGGUUGGACGGGCUGCAUUUACUGGAAAGCAUCAGUGGAUUUUGUCAGAGAAGUAUGAUAGAGAAGCCCAUCCUCCGGAGGUUCUAAGUCAGGUGCGCCAACAAUUUUCAGCUGGCAUGCAGACAGUUGCAGUAAUUCCUGUUCUUACUCACGGUGUUGUUCAACUUGGUUCUUCCUUGGCUAUUAUGGAGAAUAUGGGAUUUGUGAAUCAUGUGAAGACGUUAAUUCUUCAACUGGGAUGUGUUCCUGGUGCUUUGUUAUCUGAAAAUUAUACAGCAGAAGAACCUGAUUUUAAGAUUGGGGUACCUGUCUGUCCUGGAAAAUCUGUUUCUGCUGAUGUGACUGGGAAUUAUAAGGUGAUGAACGCCAUUCCUUUUGCUGCUGAAAGCUGCAGCCAACAAAGCAUCUCAUGUCCGGCUUCAGGACUUGAUCAGCCUUGUCAUUCUCUAACAAGACACAUGCAGAAUAACCUGCAGAGUGCUGCUUCAACAUUUGAAACCCCUAACCUGACCCAAAAUUCGGUUAAAUACCAUGAGGACUCCUGCCAACAAGAAGUUCUUCCAGCAAUGAAAGGGGACCUUCCUUUCAGAAGCCUAGAUAACAGAGUAACAGGACCUGAAGUGAUGCCCUCAAAUUCAGAGGUAUGGAUGAACCAGCAGCCUUCUUUGUACACUUCAAUUUCUGGAUUUGAUCAACAUCCUUGUGUUGACCCAUCAUCUGCAAAUUGUAGCAGCUUAAGAUUAAUGGAAGAACAUAUCUUGCCAGAUGCUGGUGUACGAGAGCAUACUAACAAUAGUUUAAGUACAUCCAGUGGCUUUAUUGCAUCUCAGUUGAGAUCUAAUGGAGGCCUAAUUUCUAGUUCUUUCGAAGAUCCUAUUACUAACCCGUCUCUUGAAGGAAGUCAGUUGCCAAAUGGAGUGGGUAGUCAUCUGAGAUCGAUGUCAAAUCCAUGUUCUCUGCCAAAUUCUCACAGAGCAGCUAAUAGUAAUAUUUCUUGCGCACAUCUUGCUGGUAGUGGGCAUCAAAAUGCUGGUUCAUCUAAAACUGCGGUGUUGACAUCUGAUCUCGUGGAUCAUUUGACUACUAGUCACUCGCUUUCAUGCAUCUCUGAUCGAAGACAUCAUCAUACAAAAGACAAGUCUACUGAAAUUGAGUUGGCUUGGAGAAAAGAAAAAGUAGAAAAUGAUUUAUUUCAAGCCCUUUUCAUCCCGUCAGCCCAUCUGGAUGAACAAAUUGGUUCAAGUGUCCACAUUCCUGGUUUUCUUCAUGAAAGCCAGAAGCAUGACCAUGGACAUCAGAGUUCAAGGUCCGAAAAUGCUAAAUAUGAAGAUGCAUGUGUUGAAACUCCAUCGGGGGAUGACUUGUUUGAUAUUUUGGGUGUGAAUUUUAAAAACAAACUAUUUAAUACUGGUUGGAAUAAUGCUCUUAAUAAUGGGCCAGACUCAAACACAAAAAAAUUGGGAAGGAAUAAUGAUACAUCUAUGAAUAUUCAGGAUGGGAUUUCUGAAUUAUAUUCUGUUGAUGGAGGAAACUCGAACAGUGGUAUUUUCUCUCCGACUGCCUCUGACCACCUAUUAGAUGCUGUUGUCUCUAGUGUUCACUCUGCUUCCAAGCAGAGCUCAGAUGAUAAUUUGUCUAGUAGGAAGACAUUAACUAAGAUUGGUAGAUACUCUGUUCCUAAUGCAUCUCCCCCCUAUGGUUCGCUUAAUGCGCCUGACCAGCUGCAAGGAGAGUUAUUUGGCAUCUCCAAGUCUCUGAGUAAAGCAGGGGCAGUAGGAACUUCUUCAUUUAGAUCCGAGUGUAGUGGGGAAAAUGCAGGAACCUACUCUCAGACUACCUCCAUUUAUGGAUCUCAAAUUAGUUCGUGCAUUGAACGGGGUCAUAAUAUGAAGCAUAAUAGUAGUAUUUCAACUGGAUAUUCUAAGAGGCCUGAGGAAGCAAGCAAAACAAAUCGCAAAAGGCUUAAGCCUGGAGAGAACCCUAGACCUAGGCCAAAAGAUCGCCAGAUGAUACAAGAUCGUGUGAAAGAGUUGAGGGAAAUCGUACCAAAUGGAGCAAAGUGUAGCAUUGAUGCACUGCUGGAGCGUACCAUCAAACAUAUGCUUUUCUUGCAAAGUGUCACGAAGCAUGCAGACAAGCUAAAACAAACAGGGGAUUCCAAGAUUAUCAGCAAGGAAGGUGGACUACUAUUAAAAGACAACUUUGAGGGAGGAGCAACAUGGGCAUAUGAAGUUGGCUCGCAAUCUAUGGUCUGCCCUAUCAUAGUUGAAGAUCUGAAUCCGCCUCGUCAAAUGCUUGUGGAGAUGCUUUGUGAAGAGCGAGGUUUGUUUUUAGAAAUAGCUGAUAUUAUUAGAGGAUUGGGAUUAACCAUCCUGAAGGGGGUAAUGGAAACUCGGAAUGACAAAAUAUGGGCACGCUUUGCAGUGGAGGCCAACAGAGACGUCACAAGGAUGGAAAUAUUUAUCUCCCUUGUUCGCCUUUUGGAGCAAACCAUAAAGUGCAGUGCAGUCAAUGACAUUGAUCACGACAACAUGAUGCUCCACCAGUCUUUCCACCAAGCUGCCUCCAUACCUGCAACUGGUAGGCAUUGUAGUUUUCAAUGAGCUGCCUGCUAUCUUGCUGUUUGGUCUGAAUAUGUUGAGAGCAAGCCUAGUUUCUGCUUGCCAUGACUAACAUGACCCCCAGACCGAUACCUUGGGUGGUUCCAAGUUCCAACUCCAGCUGACAUUUUUGUCUCCCGUAAACUUUACUGCGACUUCAUUCACUUUGAAGCUUAGGCAAUGUUAUGCUCCUCGAAACACUAUUUAUUUGUGUAUUGUUACAGGAAAUAUCUGAAUGUAUCGAUCGAAUUCCAUAGACAUACUUUUGAGAAAUGGUUACUGAUCGCGCCAGAUAUCUCCUUUUUAUCAUUCUUUUUCUUUUUUCUCCCCUUAGUGGGUAAGCUUAAAUAUUGGAGAGGGGUUAAGGUAGCAAUAUGUUUGUAGUGGGCUCAUUGGUUUCAAAUGUACAUAAAUAUUGGGACAUGAAAUGAAGAGUUGGGUUUCUAUUUA